UCUCUUCUUCCACUACUACCAUCUCACCAAAAGGUGCGUGUCACAAUAUUAUUCUUCUCUCUCUCUCUUCUCACUCAUCUGUCAUCCGUUGAAUCUCCCAUUUUCUGGUUAGAGAGAGAAAGCUUGAGGAGAGAGAAAGCUUAAGGAGAGAGAAAAAAAUGGAGGAUAUCGAUGAUCUUCCAAAAAAUGCAGCAAAUUACACUCCUUUAACUCCUCUUUGGUUUCUAGAAAGAGCUGCUACAGUUCAUCCUACCAGAGCUUCAGUAAUCCACGGCUCUCUUCGUUACACGUGGCUUCAAACUUACAAUCGCUGCCGUCGAUUUGCUUCUGCUCUUUCUCGCCGCUCAAUCGGUGCUGGUUCUACGGUAUCAAUAAUUGCUCCAAACGUCCCAGCCAUAUAUGAGGCUCAUUUUGGGGUUCCAAUGUCAGGAGCUGUGUUGAACACUGUCAAUAUUCGUCUUAACGCACAAACUAUUGCUUUCUUGCUUGGGCAUUCUGAAUCUGUAGUUAUUAUUGUAGACCAAGAAUUCUUUACUUUGGCAGAGGAAGCUUUGAAAAUUUUGGCUGAUAAAAGCAAAGGCAACUUCAAGCCGCCACUUUUGAUUGUCAUAGCUGAUGAAAGUUGUGAUCCUAAAGGACUCCACUAUGCAUUGAGCAGAGGUGCCAUUGAGUAUGAGAAGUUCUUGGCUACAGGCGAUCCAAAUUUUGCUUGGCAACCACCAAAAGAUGAGUGGCAGAGUAUUACACUGGGUUAUACUUCUGGUACAACCGCAAGCCCUAAAGGUGUGGUCUUGCAUCAUCGUGGAGCUUACGUCAUGGCCUUGAGUUGUGCUCUAAUCUGGAAUAUGACAGAGGGAGCUGUUUACCUUUGGACCCUACCUAUGUUUCAUUGUAACGGAUGGUGCUACCCUUGGACUCUAGCUGCUAUGUGUGGGACCAGUAUAUGUCUUAGGCAGGUGACUGCUAAGGGGGUUUACCAAGCCAUAGCCAACAACGGAGUGACACAUUUCUGUGCUGCUCCUGUCGUGCUUAACACUAUUGUCAAUGCAAGAAAAGAGGAUACAAUCCUUCCUCUACCACGUGUUGUGCACGUCAUGACAGCUGGUGCGGCCCCGCCUCCUUCUGUGCUCUCUGAAAUGUCCAAACGUGGCUUCCGCGUUGCUCAUACCUAUGGGCUAUCCGAAACUUAUGGCCCCUCUACUAUAUGCGUCUGGAAACCCGAGUGGGACUCUCUCCCCCCUGAGGAGCAAGCCCGCCUUAAUGCAAGGCAAGGUGUUAGGUACGUCGGUUUGGAAGGCCUUGAUGUUGUCAACCCCCAAGACAUGAAGCCAGUACCUGCUGAUGGAAAGACUGUUGGGGAAAUUGUUUUCCGUGGAAAUGCAGUAAUGAAGGGUUAUUUGAAAAAUCCCAAAGCUAAUGCAGAGUCUUUUGCAAAUGGGUGGUUCCAUUCUGGGGACUUAGCUGUGAAGCACCCAGAUAACUAUAUUGAAAUCAAAGACAGAUCGAAGGACAUCAUCAUUUCUGGUGGUGAGAAUAUUAGUAGCGUGGAGGUAGAAAAUGUUCUUUACUUUCACCCUGACAUAUUAGAGGUAUCAGUGGUUGCAAGACCGGACGAGAGGUGGGGGGAGUCUCCCUGUGCAUUUGUGACAUUGAAGCCGGAUGUUGAUCAAUCGAAUCAGCAGCGUUUAGCUGAGGAAAUAAUGAAAUUUUCUCGGGCCAAGAUGCCCGCUUACUGGGUUCCAAAAUCUGUCGUGUUUGGUCCUUUGCCGAAGACUGCAACUGGAAAGAUACAGAAGCAUAUAUUGAGGACAAGAGCAAAAGAGAUGGGACCUGUGAAGAGGAGUCGACUGUAAGUAUAAAUUAUACUCUUUGAUGUACUCCCUUUUCUACUGUUUAAUUCUUGGAAUAAGUUGAGUUGAGGAAUAAAUUGUGCUUGCUGUUGUACAACAUAACCCCCCCCCCCCCCCCCCCCCCAAAACCACCACCACCCAAAAAAAAAGAAAAAAAAAGAGAAGCAUGAACGAAAGUUUGUUCUUUGUAGAACAUUGUAAAAUUUGUUGGAAGCAUUGUUUUUUGUUGUUUUAUUGAUUGAACUAUCUGUACUCCAUGACUGUAUUAUGGUGAUUCUGAUGGUUUGGCUAUGAAAAUAUGUGAAUGGAACUUCAGUAUCUUCAGCAA